AGCAAUGAGGAAGAAGCUGCUUAAUUUUCUGAGUAUUAGUACCCUAUUAAUCGGGUGUUUUACAGUUUAUGUCGUCUGGAGUUUAAGAGGUAAAACUGUUUAAAGGUGUUUUAACCUUUCUUAAGUGUUUUAACCUUUCGUGUUUUGUUUUUCUUCCAAACCGAACACCGUAUCCUCCUCGGUCUGACCGGUCUGUUCCCUUCCAGUGCUUGAGUUACCGGUGUAUUGGUGUAAUGAGUGACCAUGUAAACUGGUGACUUUCAGUCAAACGCGUCUGUGGUUGUCGUGGUUACGGCAGCUGUUAAAAAUGGAGAAAGUCACCGCAAAUGCCUCUUUGUUUGAUUUUAAUAUCUGUUUCCUACACCUGCUGUAACCAUGACACCCACAGACGUAUACGGCUGAAAUUCGCCACUUAACACGGUCACUGGUUAAACCGUAACACCUGUAAACGCUGAUAACGUUAGACUACUUGUAGUCUGUGUGUGUGUGUGUGUGUGUGUGUGUGUGUGUGUGUGUGUGUGUGUGUGUGUGUGUGUGUGUGUGUGUGUGUGUGUGUGUGUGUGUGUGUGUGUGAGAAUAUUUACAGCGGGUUUUAAUCUGCAGAGAGGAUGUCUGAGCGGACUCUGGAGUAUUUCUUCAGUCGGGGGAGGAUCGAGAGGAGAGACACUGUGGAGGUCAGCUGGUCUCACGCUGUGAACAGCAGGAGCAGACUGACCGAGGCUCUGACAGGUCCCACGCACAUGCUCGAGGCCGACAUCAUCAUGAGAGGUGGAGACCCCCGGGAGCCAAUCAUGGCUCAUCCUCCUGCUACAGACAGUGACAUCACACUGAGGGAGUGGCUCCAAGCAGUGAAGGAGCAUGAUAUAGGGAUAAAACUGGAUUUUAAGAGCCUGGAGGCGCUGUCUCCCUCCAUGCUCCUGCUGCAGGAGGUGCUGUCUGAGCCGGGCUGUCCUGUGUGGAUUAAUGCAGACAUUCUCCCUGGUCCUGGAGGACGAGCCACACCUCUGCAGCCUCAGUCGUUCCUCUCUGCUGUGAGGACUCUGCCUGCUCACACUGUUCUCUCUCUGGGCUGGACCACCGGAUGGACCGCUGGGACCGAGAACCCAGGUUACAGCUGGGAUAUGGUGCAUACGAUGGAGGAAGUCUGUAAGAAUCUUAAACAUCCCGUCACCUUCCCAGUGCGAGCUGCGCUGAUGGCCCAGUCUGCCCCCCAGCUCACCUGGCUGCUGCAGCAGACGGACAGGUACUCGCUCACAGUGUGGACCGGUCAGGAUGAUGAGUUUACACUUCAGGACCUCCUGCUCUACAGGAAACAGUUUGACAUCAGCAGGAUUUAUUUCGACCUGCCAGAUUCACAGAGAACUGAGCUCAGUCAGAUGGGCCGAGACAAUAACUGAAACUUAAUUUAAAACAUACUGAGGAGUUUUCAGGAUGUGAUCACUAGACUCUGAAAGCAGACUGAUGCUGGAGAGGGAAAGGUGGAACUGUCCUUUGAGGCCGCUGAUGAGGAGCCGAGAGGGGGGGAGGUAGUCAUUUCCUUGAUGGGAAGAAGAGUGGGUAGAUUCCACCACCGCUGCCCAACACAGACGGAGCAAACUUUGAGCCUUAAUCCUCGGGAAGACGUUCUGGGGUGGAUUGUGUUACAAAAUGCAUUUUGAUUAAGACCAGUAUGUGAAUCUUUGUCAGUUGGGAAGGUAAGACUGUAAUCAGGGACUUCAGAGGACUGUAACACUGUGAGGCCGCAGAGCAGAUAACAUAUUAUUUACUGCCCAAUUUGAGGACAUUUUACAAUAUUUUGUAUUGAAUGUUAUAUCUAUAUAUUCGGCUAUGUCUUUUUUCUUUGUUCCAUUUCAUCUUGUAAAUGUAAUCCCUAUUUACAUGUCUCAUUUUGCUCAGUGUCUUGUCUUUUAUUGUUGUAGUUGUUCUGUUUUUAACCCUAAAACAUGUUGAAUUACUUCAUGUAUAAAUGGUGCUCUAUAAAUGAACUUAUCUCACCUUAAUAGUAAAUUAAUAAAAGCUAAUAAAUGCAAACUUAUGAUUUAUAAUUUAUUCCAGAGAGUUAUUCAAGUGUAUUCUAUAUUAUUUUAAAAAAUCUGCAUUUUCCUUCCACUCUUUGAUUUUUUUUUUUUAAUUACAAAAAUCAGAACUUUUGAAAGACUGUUUUUCCGAAAGUAUGAAGCAGCAUAUAGAUAAAGUACAAAUUUAAUAAUUUAGCUGUAUGUCAUUACAUCACUGGUUCCUUCCCAACCUUUUUUCCUUUAAGCCCUCUUAAUUGUUUCUAAAAAAAAAGUUAAUAUGUGAAACAUCUAAGUUUGUAAACCUCACAGCAGACAAAAGCAUUCAGUAUCCCUGAAGUGUUGUUGCUUGUGGCAACUGUAAAUGUGAUGAAAAGGGCCUGAGACUGUUUCACAUUUCAAGGAUGCAGAUUUACUUUUUGAGAUAAAAGCUUGUUCUGAAAGGGAAGGAUACUGUUUCUCAGUGUGCAGCUCCAUAAUUACUUUAUUCCAACUUUGUUAUGCAUGUAUUGACAUUAUGUUUUCCUCUGCACAAAAUACUUGUGCAUCUAUUGUUGUUUUAUAACAACUGACAAAUAAUGAAACUAUAAUAAAGCAGAUCAAGUGAACACAA